AUGUAUGCUUAUGUAUGGACUUGCUUGGUAAAAUCAGAGUACGCAAUCAGAGAAGAGAUCAUUGACGACAAUGUAAUGGAAUUCUUCAUAUGUGCAGCAGAUUGUAGAGCGCGACUCAAUCCACCACUUUCUCAAUCUUAUUUCGGUAAUUGAAUAGUGGCCUUCAUUGCAAGAACAAGGCAUGCCGACUUAUCUGGAAAGGAAGGCUUUACAAUUGCCGUGGAAUUAAUUGGAGAAGUCAUUCAGAAAAGGAUGGAGGAUGAGGAAUGGAUUCUGAAUGGUAGUUGGUUUAAAGAAUUGGACACCGUACAUUGUAAUCGAAAACUUACUGUUGCUGGAUCACCAAAGUAUGACCUAUAUGCUGCUGAUUUUGGAUGGGGAAGGCCCGCGAAGUACGAGAUAGUUUCCAUUCACGACGAUGAUGGAAUAUCGAUGUCUCUUAGUAAAUCUAAGGACUUUGAUGGAGAUUUAGAGAUUGGCUUGUCUUUAUCUAAAACUCGAAUGAAUGCCUUUGCUGCUAUAUUCACCCGCGGGCUUAGUUUUCUACUGCAAGCUUGA